AUGCCUGUGGUCAUCACAGCUAGGCCAGAGGCCGGCGUGGCCAGCCCUAUGGCCGUCACGGCAAAGCCAGCGGCCAGCGUGGCCGCCGCAGACAGGGCAAACGAUGCCGCUGCGAUUGGAGACAUUGACCGGUGCGCAGUGUACAUAUCGCUGGCACCUGGCAUGGAGAAUCCUGCGGGGGUAGACCCGCCGGAAGACGACGCUGCUCGCGCGGCCUCGGACGUCGACCCUGACCAUGUUGCUAGUCAGAGGGCGACCGAGCCUGUAGCUAUCGUUGGGGACGCCGCGCCGCAGACCACGGAGCGGCCUGCGGCGGCAACCGCUGCUACGAGCGCCGAGGAGCAACCGGCCCCGGCAAGUGCCACAGCGAGCACCCCGACGAGGAACGAGGAGGCUGCGGCGCGGCGAUCAGGAGGAGGCAGAGCAGCGUGCAAACAGCGGAGGCGGAGCGGCGACCCUGCGGCAGAGGCGGCGCGGUGCCCAGGCGGCGUGGCCUCCUGGGCUGAGGCGGAGCAGCGACCCUACGGCAGAUGCGGCGCAGCGUUCCGGUGCCCAGGACUUCGUUGCGCACUUUGCCGGCGAGGAGAACCACCAGCUCCCGUAGUCCGGCCUCCCGUCCGGGCUCCCUGUGACCUGUGGCCUGGCCCUGCUCGCCUCUCGCCGAGCGCCCGGCCAUCCAGUCGGACUCCAAAGCCUGCUGGUGUGCUUGCCUUUGUCCUUGAGCAAGGAGGAGCACGACGCCCAGGCUCAGCAGAACUGAAGUACAGAUCAGCACGCCGAAGCACUGAAUUGUGUGGCAAUUCUUGGUUAUUUCAAUGGAAAAUAGGGGCUCUCCUACACCACUGGGUGACAAGACUAACACUACUAAUGGAGAAAGCGAUGCUGGACAGCGCAAGAGAGAAAGAGAAAAGGCUCGAUGGCAUGCAAUGUCUCAGGAGAAAAGGGACGAAAAAAAUAAAAAAACGUCGGGAAGCAUACAAAAGAAGAAAGGAGCAACACCUACGUAAUGAAACUACCAAUGGUUGUAUACUAGAAUUGUUGGUGAAUAAUAAUACCGAUAUUACUAUUGAUGUUUUUUAUGUAUGAUGUGUCAAUUGGUAGAUGGUCAGACUGCAUCAAACAAGGAAAAUAUGGAUCCUAAUGAAACAGAUGAUUGGUUGUAUAGGAAUGAUUCCCUCCAUGCAAACAACAAUGAUGAUAUACUUAUGUCCAAAAGGUUAUCAGGUAAUUAAAUUAUUGUUAAUAUGGCACCAACGCCUACAUUUUUGUGUUGGUGAAAUUAUUAGUAGCUUUAUAUACAACGAGAGGAUCAUUGAUGGAUA